AUGCAUGCUGCGGCUCUUAUAUCCGUUACAUUCUCGGCGGCUCUCGUAGUCGCACAAGGCACGCAAGAUGCCCCUCAGACCAGUGGCAACCCUACCGGAGUCGUCUUCGAAGCCGCCCUUCCGGCCGAAGCCUUUUCUGGCAAGGACGCUCUCAACGGCAACAUCAAGGGCUCCAUCCGUGCCGAAGCACCCCCCGACGGCGUUGGUGUGAAAUUCACCGUCCACUUUGAAAAUUUGCCCAAAGAGGGUGGUCCCUUCGCAUACCAUCUCCAUGCUGCGCCCGUUUCUCAAGACGGCAACUGCACAAACACGAUGGGCCAUUUAGACCCCUUCGGCCGAGGCGAGCAGCCUCCCUGUGAUGGCUCAGCCCCACAAACUUGUCAAGUGGGCGACUUGGCCGGCAAGCAUGGCAAGGUCACCCAGGACCCGUUCGACGCCGAAUACGUCGACCCCUUUGCCUCCCUUAAGGAGGAUGACCAGGCCUUUUUCGGCAGCCGAUCCUUUGUCGUCCACUUUGGCAACACAACGCGCAUCACUUGCGCCAAUUUUGCCAAAAAGGACGCCCCAGUUUCGGAGGACUCUGACAACACUACGUCGGAUACGGAGAGCAUGGCUCGACUCCGGCGUCGUUCGUAG